AUGGGUGUUAGCGCAAAUUUGUUCGUAAAGCAAAGAGGAUCGACAACAGCUCUGAAGCAGCCAAAGGAAGUAGGAUUCUACUCAAGAACCAAGGAUGAAGAAUACUUAGUUAGUGAUGAUACAAAUUUGAAUUACUACUAUCUCCCGGACGCUGAAUUAGACAAGAAAUUGGAUCUUUCGGCGGGAUUUCAGAAGUUUAAGGAUUAUUAUAAGGAUUUUGAAGAUAGGUGUUCCUUACGAGGACUAUUAGAGACCAUAGAAAGCUCUGAAAGGCAUAAGGGGAAAAAAAUCAAUGCAGAUAUUAUUACCUUUAGAGGAAUCGCGAGGAAGUUAAUUUCAUGCGCAUUUGACUCUCCAUCUUUUAAUGCAGUUGAUCUUCGUAUUGUUUCGUUCAAUGGUCAACUUUUCAUCAAGGAAGUGCCUGAAACUAUCAAUGCAGCUAAAGUAUCCUCUACUACUGGUGCGGGGCAUAAUAUUAAUCAAGAUUUAAAUGUAUUUACAGGCUACAAGUUUGAGACUUUGGCUACACUUUCUAAUCCGCUGCAGUAUACACCUCGUGAAGUGAUAGAAAAGAGGGCUAAAAGGAUUGUGGCGCAUGGGGAUGAAUACAUUAGCGUUGUGAGAACUGGUGUAGGUAACUGCAAAUUAAUUCUUGGUGCUGAAGUAGAUUGUAUAUUUGACUUCAAAGAGAACGGUAGAGAUAAUUUGAAACAUUAUGCUGAAUUGAAGUGCACACAGCAAGUUACGAACGUAUCGGACACGCAUAAGUUUGAGCGUAAGCUGUUUCGAACUUGGCUGCAAUGCUUUUUGGUCGGCAUCCCAAGGAUCAUAUAUGGAUUCAAAGACGACCAUUAUGUACUAAAAACUGUAGAAGAAUUUUCAACGGAGGAAGUACCUGUCUUAUUGAAGAACAAUAAUCCGCAAAUGGGAAGCACAUGCUUAGAAGCCAUUAAAUGGUAUGGUCUCCUUACUGAGUGGCUUUUGAAGAUGAUACCAAGGGACGAGGAUCCCCAUGCUCAAAUAAGAGCAUUUAAGUUGGUCUUCCAAAAUAACCACCUGAGUUUAUCCGAAAUUGAAGAAAAUGAUGAAGAGUAUUCAAGUUUGGUUAAUGGAGAACAUAUAUUAACGAACGGGUUUAAGGAAUGGAGAAAAUCGCUGAAAUAA